AUGCCUUGUCGCAAUGAGAAUGAAAUCACCCAAGAGCAUAAUGCAACUUCGGUCCUUUCGAAGGAUAUGCCGCCUUUUCCUCCCAAUUUCGUACCCGUCUUUAUUCGAAAUCAAUUUCGAACGAAUCUUGAACUCCCCAACCGAAAUACCUUCCCUAGCGCUGAGGGCAAAUGUGCUGUCAUUACAGGGGCCAACACCGGGCUUGGAUUUGAGUCAGCUAGGCAACUGUUGUCGCUUGGCCUAUCGCAUCUAGUCAUUGCAGUGCGGUCUCUCGAAAAAGGCACUGAGGCAGCUGCCAAACUCCAGGCCAGCUCUUCUGCAAAAGUUGAUGUCUGGCAACUGGAUAUGGAGUCAUACCAAUCCAUUGAGACCUUUGUCUCCAGAUGCCAACAGGAUCUAGCAAAGAUCGAUUUCGUCAUCCUGAAUGCCGGCAUCAGCCCGAUAUACUUCACUACCGCGGCCACCGGUCACGAAAAAGCGAUCCAGGUGAAUCAUUUCAGCACGGUGCUACUGGCGGUGCUUUUACUUCCGGUUUUGAAAGGCAAAUCGAUCGACGGGAACACGCCGCGCCUCACUGUUGUUAACUCCGUCAUGGCGCAUCUGUGCUCGUUUCCAUCCCGGAACAUGCGGCCGCUGCUGUCAUCUCUUGACGACACAGACAUCACUCCGUGGAAUCCAAUGGAUCGAUAUGGUGUUUCAAAGCUUUUGUGUCAAUUAUUCAUCGUUCAGCUUGCAGAAAGAGUCAGCCCUGAUGAUGUUAUCAUCAGCAUGGUGGAACCAGGACUAACCAAGGGCACUAGCCUCGCACGGGACGCAAGCGGCCUUAUGAGAAUUGGCGUGAAGAUUUUCAACGGUAUUGCUGGUAGACCCGUGGAGAAAGGUGCGGCUACCUAUGUUGAUGCUAUCCUUCGACACGGCAAAGGUUCUCACGGUUGCUUUAUUAUGAACUUCCAAAAUGCGCCACUUGCCGGUCUGUUUUAUAGCGAAGGGGAGGUAUUGAUGGACCAAGUUUGGGAAGAGACCCUGCAAGAGCUCGAGUUUGCUGGUAUUGAGCGAAUCCUUGCGUCAAUGGACCGGUUCUCAGGAAGUCAAAUUUGA